AGGACCCCAGGACCUGCCCCCUCCCCCCGCCGCCGCGCCGCCGCUUGUUCCCGGCGCCUCCUGCUCUGCACUUACGCGCGCGGCAGCUGCGGGGAGCCCGGCAGCCACGCUCUCCGGCGCGCCGCUCGCCUGCCGAGCCACCACGGCCGAGGGCCGGCUGCGGAGCGCCGCGGUCCCUGGCGGGCGCCCCCGAGGAGCAGGCGGCGAUGCCGGCGCCGACCCGGGCUGGGGGACGCCUGAGCUGCCGCGACUGCGUCCCGGCUCCAGGCGGGACCGCGUAGCUCGCGGGAGGACCAUGGCGUCCCCAGCGCUGGCGGCGGCGCUGACGGCGGCGACGGGCCCCAACGCGAGCGGCGCCGGCGAGGGGGGCAGCGGCGGGGACGCCAACGCCUCGGGGGCCGCUUGGGGGCCGCCACCGGGCCAGUACUCGGUGGGCGCCGUGGCGGGGCUGUCGGCCGUGGUGGGCUUUCUCAUCGUCUUCACCGUAGUGGGCAACGUGCUGGUGGUAAUCGCCGUGCUGACCAGCCGGGCGCUGCGUGCACCGCAGAACCUUUUCUUGGUGUCGCUGGCCUCGGCCGACAUCCUGGUGGCCACGCUGGUCAUGCCCUUCUCGCUGGCCAACGAGCUCAUGGCCUACUGGUACUUCGGGCAGGUGUGGUGCGGUGUGUACCUGGCCCUCGACGUGCUCUUCUGCACUUCGUCCAUCGUGCACCUGUGCGCCAUCAGCUUGGACCGCUACUGGUCCGUGACUCAGGCCGUCGAGUACAACCUGAAGCGCACGCCGCGCCGCGUCAAAGCCACCAUCGUGGCUGUGUGGCUGAUCUCGGCCGUCAUUUCCUUCCCGCCGCUUGUCUCCCUCUACCGCCAGCCCGACGGCGCCGCCUAUCCGCAGUGUGGCCUCAACGAUGAGACCUGGUACAUCCUGUCUUCUUGCAUCGGCUCCUUCUUCGCUCCCUGCCUCAUCAUGGUCUUGGUCUACGUGCGCAUCUACCGCGUGGCCAAGCUGCGCACACGCACGUUCAGUGAGAAGCGCACGACCACGGGCGCCGACGGCGCGUCCCCGACCACGGAGAACGGGCUGGGUGCAGCGGCGGGCGCGGGCGAGAACGGGCACUGCGCGCCCCCGCGCCGCCCUCGCGCCGACGUGGAGCUAGAGGACAGCAGCCCUGCAACCGAGAGGCGGCGGCGCCGGGGCGCGCUGCGGCGGGGCGGGCGGUGGCGCGAGGGUGGCGAUAUGGGUGCGGGCGGCACCGACGCGCUGGCUCCCGGACCGGGGUCCGCCGAGCGGGGAGCGUCGGCCGCCGCGAGGUCCCCGGGCCCCAGCGGGCGCCUGUCGCGCGCCAGCUCGCGCUCCGUCGAGUUCUUCCUGUCGCGCCGACGCCGGGCGCGCAGCAGCGUGUGCCGCCGCAAGGUGGCCCAGGCGCGCGAGAAGCGCUUCACCUUCGUGCUGGCCGUGGUCAUGGGCGUGUUCGUGCUGUGCUGGUUCCCCUUCUUCUUCAGCUACAGCCUGUACGGCAUCUGCCGCGAGGCCUGCCAGGUGCCCGACCCGCUCUUCAAGUUCUUCUUUUGGAUCGGCUACUGCAACAGCUCGCUCAACCCGGUUAUCUACACCGUCUUCAACCAGGACUUCCGGCGCUCCUUCAAGCACAUCCUCUUCCGAAGGAGGAGAAGGGGCUUCAGGCAAUGACCUGCCCGCCCCGCCUCCCGCGGAGACUCUGGGGGCGGCCUCCAGAAGAAAGCCGGAUUAGAUUCUCCCAGAGACCCGGGAAUGGAUUGGUCUCCAGGGCGCGCAGGGCAGGAGAGUGGCCUGAGACCCCAGGGCCCUCCGGGAGAGGGGAGGAGAAAGGGGAGAUGCCUCUGUCUUCCCGCCUCAGUAAGGGGCUGCUUUUGGGGCUCCAGGUCUGGAUCCACCUCCUGGCGCCCUGAUGAGGUAUGGCUGUGACGGCAGGGUCUUAGACCACAGGCAUUUGCAACCUCCCAAACGGGGUGUGGGGGGAAGAACAGAGCCCCCCAGACGCACACCUCUACCCCCAUCCACCUCUGAGCAAGGGCUGACUUCCCCAGGACCUAGUGGGGGUGGCUGCCUGGGGGGAGGAAAGAGGGCACUGACAGUCUUUGGUUGCUGAAAGUAUUUAAAUGUUUGCCAAAAAUGACAGCCCAACAACCAAACUAUUUUCUAAAUAAACCUUUGUAAUCGAAGUGUCCCGUGCAGCAGUCAGUCCUUAAGCCGCUGGGGUGGAGGUACCUUCUAGACCUUCACCCUGCCUAACUCCCCCUAGGGCUGGAAGGAAGAUGCUCCAGGUCACCAGAUUCCAACCUCCCCUCUUGCGUGAGAAGGAGCAGGUCUUUUUU